UAACCUUGCAAAUGGAAGGUUUCUAUAUAAACCAUAACAUUUCAUCUCCAUAAACCACAAACAUUACAAUUAAUAAAUUCUAUUUUGCAAUAAUAAUGGCUUUAGGUUCUUCAUUUUGUUUACUAUUAAUCACAUGUAUGAUUUUGAUUGGUAUAAGCCCUAAUUCAGCUGCUGAUUUAUCAGAUACAUUCUACGAUAAAUCUUGUCCGAAAGCUCUUCGCACAAUUAGGAAAACAGUUCAAGAUGCUGUUUCUAACGAGUCUCGCAUGGGAGCUUCUAUACUUCGACUCCAUUUUCAUGACUGCUUUGUUCAAGGUUGUGAUGCAUCGGUGUUGUUAGACGACACGGCGAAUCUCACGGGCGAAAAGAAAUCGUUCCCCAACGCGAACUCGCUAAGAGGUUUUGAGGUGAUUGACGAUAUCAAAUCUCAAUUGGAGAAAAUGUGUCCUAAAGUUGUUUCUUGUGCUGAUAUCUUAACCCUAGCUGCUAGAGACGCUGUUGCUGCUCUUGGUGGACAAAGAUGGAAUGUACUAUUAGGAAGAAGAGAUUCAACAACAGCCAGCUUAGAUUUAUCAAAUUCUGACUUACCUGGUCCUUCUUUGGAUCUUGAUGGCCUUAUCACUGCUUUUGCCAAGAAAAAUUUCACUACUGAAGAAAUGGUUACUUUAUCGGGCGGUCACACAAUCGGCAGCAUUAGAUGCCAAUUUUUCAGACCAAGGAUAUACAAUGAGACAAACAUAGACCGUAAAUUUGCUACAACAAUGCAAGCAUCAUGUCCAUUUGAAGGUGGUGAUGAUGAUUUAUCUCCAUUUGAUAUAACUACACCAAAUACUUUCGACAAUGCUUUCUACGCCAACUUGGUCCAAAACAAAGGUCUAGUACACUCUGAUCAACAACUAUUUGCAAAUGCAACAUCAUCCACAAGCUCUCUAGUAAGAACAUAUAGCAGAAACAUGGGACGUUUCAAAAAAGAUUUUGCAGAGGCAAUGUUCAAGAUGACAAUGCUCAGUCCACUUACUGGCGAUGAUGGUCAGAUUAGGACUAAUUGCAGAUUUGUUAAUUAAUACCAUGCUAAUAUGGUGUUUGUAUUCUUUAAAUUAAUAAUAAAUGGAAGGCUUGAUUGGUUAAUGAUCCAAUAUUGUAACUUGUUAAUUACUAAAAAAAAUAUAUGAUUUGUAUUGUGAAUGUAUUGUAUUGAACAUGUGAACAGUGGCAGGUUUAAUAAUAAUUUGUUUAAUUAAUAGUAAGUAAUUAUAAUU